AUGUUCGGCAGGUCCCACGGAUCUCGCAACAGCAACAUCGGGCAGGGUUUUGGAAACGACCGGGAGCACAAGUCGCCCAGUCUCCACCGGUCACUGCUUGCCGGUUUAGGGUUCGGCGGUUCGGGCUCGUCGACGGCGCGGUCUGGUAGUGGCCUUCUGCGGAGGACCGAUUCCGGCCGGCCAUCGAACGACUACGCGAGCAGCCUGGCCUCGGCGCGCACGUACGCUGCCACGCCUUCGCCAUCGCACUUGGAGAGGAGUCACUCCAUCUCCUCAGGAACACUCGGCGGAGCACCAUCCUCCCAUCGAGCUACGACCCCUUCCCUCUUCUCCUCUGACACCACACUACGAGACAACUACUCGCGAGCCGUCUCGGCCACGCCUACGCCGUCUCUCACCAGGAUGAAUUCCGAACGGAGCCGGCCGCGCCGCGAGCGCACGUUUGUGGGCAGCGAGUGCGCCGUCUGCGAGGAGCCGCUGGAGCACACGCUCCGCGGCGAGAAGAUCCUGCAGUUCUCGUGUGCGCACGUCUCGCAUGAGGCCUGCUUCUACGAGUACAUCCGCGAGUUCGACUCGCAGUAUUGCCCGACAUGCAAUGCGCCACUACAUUUAGACACGAGCCGUGGAGGAAAUGUGCUCGAUAUCGAAAAAAUAAGCAACAUGGUUCGCGCGAAUGACUCGCGCUCCCAAGCAACCCCUACACCCACACCAUCCCAUUGGGACGACCCACAAGGGCGACCACACAGUCGGGGAUCUGGUGCCCGGGGUGGUUCCGCUGGACACGGCGGUCCGCGAGAGGCCGCCAACCAUAACAACAUCAACAAUAGCAUCAAUAAUAGUCACCACAACAGCAACCACAGCCACACCAAGGGUAGCCUUCGUGGGAGCCGAGACAGCCGCGAGGCGCCAUCGUCCGAGCACCAAUACCAAGGACAACGGCAUGCCCGCACGGACAGCGAGGCCACGGGCGUGGCGUCCUCGGGCGGGUACCCCGAGACGACACAGAGCGGGCCACCACGACGACACGACUACGAUGUACAGGCGAUGGAGACGUCGCUGUCCAGCCCCCGAUCGGUGACACGGAAUCCGAUCCCGGCUCCGACGGUCACAGUGCGGUCCGAAUUCCCGACUAUCAACCGGUCUCGACAGCAGCAGACACUAACGUGCCUCGUGACGAUCGAAGUACCCGACAACAAAUGGCGGCCGGACCCGGAGGAUCUGCAGAACGCGCCGCCGCUCACGCCGGCCACAUCGCGCGGGCCGGGCGAGGAGAUGAUGCGGUCACCGUCGCCUGCGCGGAGUGCGCCACGGUUCUACCCGUACGAGUCGCCUGAAGUGCUGAUCGAGAUGACGGAAAACCUGCGCAGCCGGGUGGACAACUGGCACGGGCUGGACUUUAGCCGAUUUGGGAAGCUCCGGCUCUACGGCACGCUACGGGUCGGCAAGGACAAGAUAUCGUGGCAGGAGCUGGAGUGCUUCCUAUUUGCCGAGAUGCUCAUUUGCGUCAAGGAGAAGAAGCAGGCGCCACAGCUAACGCAGCCCACGUGGGGCGAGGAGGCUGCACCGCGUAAACUACCGCGGUGCACGCUCAAGGGCUCGAUUCUCAUCAAGAAGCACCUGCACGAGGUGCUGGAGACGGGCAACAUCGACGAGAACGUGCUGACGCUCAGCUUGUCGGUGGCCGAGCUACCGCAGUUCCAUCUGCGGUUUGAGAACCGCAACCAACUCAAGCUAUGGCAACAGGCGCUGUUAGACCUCAACGCGGUCGAGACGUCGCCGGUGCGCAGCCCAGACUACGACCGCGGGGAUUAUUCGGAGGCGGAGGAAGACGAGUGGAACCGGGCAUCAGGGGCGGGAUCGGGGUCCGGCUCGGGCUCGGGCGUGUCUGGCGCCUCAGGGCGGCCGCAGCGUGUGUCGUCGCUGGCGUCAUCGUCGUGGGGCGGUCCCAAGUCGGCCACGACGGCGCCCACAGAGUACACACCCACGCACUCACACUCGCACUCGCACACACACUCCAACACGGCACGCAGCCAAACGGGGCCUCAGGCGUCGAUCCACGUGCCGGUUGAUGUGGUCGUGGUGGUGCCGAUCUCGGCGUCGAUGCAGGGUGUCAAGAUCAACCUGGUGCGCGACGCGUUACGGUUCAUGGUGCAGGCACUUGGGGAACGCGACCGCAUGGGUCUGGUGACGUUCGGCUCAUCGGGCGGCGGUGUGCCGAUCGUGGGCAUGACGACCAAGGCAUGGGCAGGCUGGAGCAACGUGCUCAACGCGAUCAAGCCGGUAGGCCAGAAGAGCCACCGGGCGGACGUGGUCGAGGGCGCCAACGUGGCCAUGGACCUGCUGAUGGGGCGCAAGUACAACAACCCAAUUGCGACCAUCAUGCUGAUCAGCGACGCGUCAACGUCGGACGCCGACAGUGUCGACUUCGUGGUGUCGCGCGCCGAAGCGGCCAAGAUCACGAUCCACUCGUUCGGCCUGGGCAUGACGCACAAACCCGACACCAUGAUCGAGCUGUCGACGCGCACCAAGGCGUCGUACACGUACGUUAAGGACUGGAUGAACUUGCGCGAGUGCCUCGCUGGGUGUCUGGGGGCGAGCCAGACGCUGUCGCACCAGAAUGUCAAGCUGAAGCUACGUCUGCCCGAGGGCUCGCCGGCCAAGUUCCACAAGAUCAGCGGCGCGCUGCAGAUCACGAAGCGCGCCACGGGCCGCGAGGCUGAGGCCUCCCUAGGCGACCUGCGCUUUGGUGACAAGCGUGACGUCCUGGUGCAGCUGGUCGUGCUGCCCGAUACGUCGUCGCAGGAGCAGUUGCCCCAAGACCCGUGGGACAACAUUGUGUCCGGCCUCGAGGCCCUCGGCGGCGGUGCCAUCGACCAGGACGAGCAACGCGCCGUAUCAGUCGAGGAGGUGCCGCUGAUUCAGGCCGAGAUUAGCUGGGGCGACGUCCUGCGCGGCGAUGGCUCCGUGCAGCACACCCGCCCCAGCCUGCUGGCCAUCACCAUGCUGCCUGCUGUGAACCCGCGCAAGACUUGGGGCAACAGCAAUGCCCCGCCGAUCCCCCCGCAUCCGCAUAUUGUGCAGCGCCGCAUGGAACUGCUCACUUCCGACAUGCUCACCCGUGCUCUGACCUUGGUAAGCCGCGGCCAACACGACCGCGCACAUACCCUGCUGGCCGAGACCCGCUCUAUCCUCAAGGGCCUUGGAAAGGGGGGUCUGCCUCCCGUUCCGCCCACUCCGACGACGGCUACAAGCGCGAACACCCUCAAGUCGCAGCCGUCUACGCCUCACCCAGGCUCGGACCGGGACGGUACCUCUCCGAACCGUCUGGGCACUCCGGACCGUAAGAACACGCCCUCGCCUACCUCGGCCCAUCUCGCUGCCUCUGCCGCUCUCGGCGGUAACAACAGCCAUAACAACCCCAUCCCGAACCCCCUGCUCCCGCGCAGCCGGUCCAACGACGGCCUCACCAUCGGCACCACCACCUCAGCCGGCAUUGACGCUACCACCGUGGCCGCCCUCGACGCCGAGCUCGAGUCCAGCCUCGAAUGGAUCAGCCACCCAGCGGUGUUUGGCCGCGACAGCCGCAAGGCCGUGCUGCAGGCCAUUGGCGUGAUCAGCUCGCAGCGUGCGUUUACCUUCCGCACGCCUGUUGAGGCUUUGUGGGCCGGGCGCGUUGGUGGUGUUCGCAGGCUGACGGAGAAGAGCCGGGAGUGGAGGGAAGAGGGGGGCGGCGAGGGAGGGAUUAUGGAGGAAGCUUGA